AUGUUUGAUCCUUGCAAUGUUGGGUAUGUCAUCUUUCCUCUACGUCCCCUUGACAAAUUGCGAGAUGAUAGUCGCUUCACGGCAAAGUUCACUCCGGUCCUGCGUCCCUACAUCAAGUCGGACUAUGAAGAGACCGCAAUCUUACGAGGUCAAGUGGACACCCUGCGAACCGGUCGCAGGACCUCGCUGCGCUUGCACAGAACACUACUCGCGAUCUCAGAUCUCGCACGCGGCGCGGUCACUGGACGUUACACGAUCGACUAUGCUUGA